UGUACUUCGGUUCCUCAGUUCUACUUUUUGUGGAGACAGAAACACAGCUCUUGACUCUAUUUUUACUUUAUUUUUUUAAGCACUGCCGACAGAGUUAAGAUAACUUUUUAUUGUACCAUGUAUAACUAUGAAAUAGCAUUAACAGGUGAAAGAUGUAACAAAUUAGACAUCUCUUCAUUUUAGAGAGAGAGAAGAUGGAAACAUCAUUGAUUUUCUUUCCUAAAUUAAAUAUGUGCGAAUCAAAAGAAAAAACUUUUUUCAAGUUAAUACAUGGUUCAGGAAAAGAAGAAACAAGCAAAGAAGCCAAAAUCAGAGCUAAGGAAAAAAGAAAUAGGUUAAGUCUUCUCGUGCAGAAACCUGAGUUUCAUGAAGAAACCCACUCCAAUAGAUCUGGGCACUUGGCCAAAGAAACAAGAGUCUCCCCUGAAGAAGCAGUGAUAUGGGGUGAAUCAUUUGACAAACUGCUUUCCCAUAAAGAUGGACUGGAGACUUUUACCAGAUUCCUUAAAACAGAAUUCAGUGAGGAAAACAUUGAAUUUUGGAUAGCCUGUGAAGAUUUCAAGAAAAGUAAAGACCCUCAACAAAUUAUCCUUAAAGCAAAAGCAAUAUAUGAGAAAUUUAUACAGAAUGAUGCUCCACAAGAGGUUAACCUUGAUUUUCACACCAAAGAAGUUAUUACUAAGAACAUCACCCAACCUACCCUACAUAGUUUUGAUGCUGCACAAAGCAGAGUGUAUCAGCUUAUGGAACAAGACAGUUACACACGUUUUCUGAAAUCUGACAUCUAUUUAGACUUGAGAGAAGGAAGACCUCAGAGACCAACAAAUCUUAGAAGACGAUCACGCUCAUUCACCUGUACAGAGUUCCAGGAUGUAAAGUCAGAUGUUGCCAUUUGGUUAUAAAGAAAAUUAAUUUUGUUCAUUUUGAUGGCAAACUUGUAAUCUGCUUUUAAUAUACAGCAUGUUUACUUCUAACAAAUGAGUACAGCUUUUAAAAUAAAAUGCAUCAUGUCAAAGGAUUUUAAAAAAUGUAAAUCAAAACUUACCUUAUAACAACACAUACUAUAUACGCCAAUAUAUUCUGUAAAGCCUUCCAUUUGACUUCAUUCCAUUCAUAGUCAGAAAAACUUAUUACUUAAUGGAAAGAAAGUAAAGAA